UAAAGCAUGUCCAUAGGUAGAUGAUAUUUAGGUGUUAAGAAUGAACAUCUUUGCUCUACAUUUGAGAUGAUCAAAGAAAAUGACUGACCGAUUUAGCACCAGUGUAAAACAGCCAAAAUAUAUCAUAUAUAGAGUCUUUCACAAUUCAUCAUUAGUCACAUUCAAGUAGUAUAAUGUAACGUAACUAAAUAGAUAAUUAUGUCAUCAACAUCACUAAACUAAUUAGGACUUAGGUGACUUCUACACGGGUUCCUGAUGUUUUACACCCAGGAGGUCAUGGUGACAACAUCAGGCACAUGACAGAUUAAACGUUUUCAUUGAUGUAAAUAAAGCUUUGACUUUAUCAUUUCAAUACAUCACUUUUAAUCUAAUGUGCACUCAAGGCAAAACCUCACACGGAGAGAUGAAAGUUGUAAGUAUUUCAAAGAAUUUUAGCCCAUGUAUUUGAAAUGUUACUGGGGUUGAUGUGCCUGGAACUGAAACAAGAAGCAAUACGAAUUGAACAGAACAAAAUAAAUGUAGCAUUAAAAAAAAAGUUUCACAAAAAAAAAACCAAACACACAAGAUUAGUGAAAAAUAGUGUUAUUUUCUUACGUCAUAUACUACUCUACCAUCUUUUCCUGUUGAAGAAUUUGUUAAAGCCUGACGACUGAGGAGAUGGAAAAGACUCCGGAGACUUUGAUGGCUUACAUAUCAAGAAAAAGUGACGUAAACAGUAUAUGUUCAGGUACAGUUUAGCUCCAAAUGAGUUCUGAAAAAAGAGACUUCCUUGUCUCUAGGUGUUUAACCUCCCAGGUUAGACUGACUGUAUACAUUCACAUACAACGCAGACUCAUUCUCAAUAGAACUAAACCUUAGAGUCUUGUGUAAGUGUUUUUACCAAAGAGCCUGGAGACACUCUGUUACAAGUUUUGUACUAAAGGCCAAAUGAUGGGCAGCCUGAUACAGCACAAUGAGGAAUUACAAUGAGGGGAUUGAGAGGGAGAAGCCUGUUACAUAUACACCUGACCUUGAAGACCUCUGAACAAUUUUACCCGUGGAGAUACAGAAAUGAAACCAAAUGAUCCUAACCCUUGGCACCUCCCUUUCGAGAAUUCAAAUGAUUUAGCGACACCCAUCUCUACUCUCUUACAAACAGGAAACCACCCACAACAAACGAACCUUAGUUAAAGCGCGAAAGCGAAGCCAACCACCCCAGCCGUCACAGACGUUGUAGAGACUUCAGGAAAACAGGAGCAGCAUUAAGAAACCCCGAUGCAGGCCCCGAAGAGAUCCCGGAGCUGCUCAGGCCCAGAGACAUCAGGAAAGGCUUUGUGCUGGAGGCACAGCCGCCCCCUGGAUAUUUACUGCUGCACCGACCAGCAGAUCAUAUGUGCGGCGUGCGCGUCAGCUGAGCACACGGGACACACCAUCGGGAUGGUGAGGCAGGAGAGGGAGAGGGAACAGGAGGAGCUGAGAAACCUACUGACCAAAACCCAGCAGACCCUCAAGAAACAGGAAAAGAAAUGGAAGGACAUGGGGAAGACUCUUGAAGUGAUCGAGGAGGAGGCAAGAAAAACAAAGGACCACUGUGAGUGCAUCUUGGUAGAGGUCAUGGACUCUCUCCAGAGACAUUUCCUAUCACUGAGGGACAUGAUCAGCACUCAGGAGGAGGCGGCAGCAGCUCAGGUUCAGACCUCCUUAAGAACCUUGCAAGUGCAGAUGGAAGAGCUACAGAAGAGGGACGCUGAGUUGGAUUGCCUGGCAUUGACUGAUGAUGUCCGUUUCUUGCAGAAAUGGCCCUCUUUGAAGUACCUCUGUAGUAAAGAUCAGCUCCAUCAUUUGAAUGAGACUUCAGAAGACCCACUCCUCCCGUUUGCCCUCACCAAGAGGACAGUUGAACAGCUGGGGAGGCAACUGAAGGAAUUUUGUGACAACCAAUUUUCUUUCAUCUAUCAGACUGGUCUCCCUGAAGUUAACAGCACUCUGACUCAUCAGGAAGCUGAGCCUAAAACCAGAGCGGAGUUCCUGCAGUAUGCUUGUCGCCUCACCUUUGACCCCCACACAGCUCAUGAAGACCUGGUAAUUUCCACCGGAGACAAAGAAGUCAGGCUGAGUCCUCAAACCUUUAAGAGUCCGGCUGUUCGUCACCCUGAGCGGUUUGCCCACCGGCGGCAGCUGCUGUGCAGAGAGGGCCUGCAGGCCGAGCGGUGCUACUACGAGGUGGAGAUAAGAGGAGACAAGGUGGAGAUCGCUCUUGCAUACAAAAGUUUAGACCGAAAAUCACGCACUAGUCUGUCAGCUUUCGGGGCGAACGCCAAGUCGUGGAGUCUAGAUCGCUCCACAAACUACUCGGUGAGUCACAGAGCUGACAGCGUCCAGCUCACAACACCCCCCACUCAGAAGAGGGUCGGAGUAUAUUUAAAGUUCAGAGAGGGAACUCUGUCCUUCUACGAGGUUUCAGACACUAUGACGUUUCUUUACACAGUACAAGCUCAAUUCAAAGAGCCGCUGUAUCCAGGCUUCUGGCUCGGAGAGGAAUGCUGCAUUAAGAUCUGUGAUUUGGGAUGGCACACUCUAUAAACCGCCUCAGAGAUUCUUCUUCUGACAGCUUGGGUCCAUUUGAACGAAUGCUAAUAUAUUAGAUUUCUUGAUUUACUUUUCAAACAGGUUGUUUUGUACAUAUGGUUAUACAUGAAGAGUAAAUGAUUUGUGUAUAUUAAAUGUGAAAUAAGAAACGUGGUGGAUGAUUAAGACACAUCACCAUUCUUGUUGUAAAACAAAUCUCUGACUUUCUCAACUCACCUAAACAGAUAAAUUUAACUUACUUUGUUUUUUUUAACAUGUUGUACACGUUUUUUUAUCUUCUAUUGAAAUGGACAUCAUUUCAUAUCAUUGACUACCUGCUUUUUUUUAAUGUUAUCAUACUUCUUUCAUACAUCUAAACCUCAGUAAAACUCCUACAAACAUAA